AUGGAAAAAGCAUUUGCUGUCUUGAGAUGCCAGGAUGAUGAAAAGAUUUUGUUUGCAUCAUACAUGAUGCAAGGUGAGGCAUUCAACUGGUGGCUGAUGUUGGAACAUAAAUAUGAGCAGGAUAGGGAGCCACUCACUUGGGAAAAAUUUCGAGGAGCAUUUUAUGAUAAGUAUUUUCUUUGGAGUGUAAGGACGCAAAAAGAGCAUGAGUUUAUUCAUCUAAAGCAAAGGAAUAUGACUGUUGCAGAAUACGAGGCUAAAUUUACCGAGCUAAACAAAUUUGUUCCAAAGUUAGUCGAGGAUGAGCUAGAUCGAGCGCAUAAAUUUGAGAUGGGACUAAAGACUGAAAUUAGAAAACAAGUG